UACGUUGAAUAUUUUUACAAAAUGACUUAUAGUGCUCGCGGUACACGCUUGUUGAAGGCUUUGGAAAAUUAUUGCAAUGGAAAUAAGGCUCAUUAUUUUGAUAGCAAAAUGAUCUUUAGUAAGCUAAAAACCACACACCUCACUGAGGGUUGCCUGAAAGGGUCAUUUGUAGUUGAUCCCUCAAUGUGCAAUAUUGGUGAUACUCUACAUGGAGGUUAUAUGGCAUCUGUGAUGGACGCUGUCUCCUUGUAUGCACUGAUAAGCAGAUCAGAUGGCAGAUUAGGCUGGACCACCAAUAUGAACAUUAGUUACCUCAAACGUGCCAGACUUGAAGAUACAAUAACAGUGGAGUCGAAUUUACUAAAGGGAGGCGCGAGUUCAGUGAUGGAAGUCAUUCUGCAUGACGGCGAAGGCGCACCGGUGGCCAAGAGCACGACCUCGUUCAUCUCUGGAAGUGACAAGUUUCAGAAAAUCUUGAAAGAUAACUUAGAUUUUGAUGUGUUUGAAAAUUAAGUAAUUCUAUUUCCACAGUAAUUGGUUUGUGGGAAAAAAAAUUAGUUUUG